AUGGCCAAGCGCGCAAAAGUCUUGUUCUUCACGAACAGUGACUCGGGUCAGUCCAACGUCGUCCUAGCCGUAAUAUACGAUCUCCUGCGCCAAAAUAGAGUCGACGUCCACAUUGCGUCCUGGCCCGCCUUAGAAUCACGGCUGAAGACCCUCUACCAAGAAGUUCAGGAUGCCGACCCGUCGCGGUCUAUUUCGCCCAUCACAUUCCACAACCUCGCAUCUUUCCCCGGAUUUGGCGUAUUCCUGGAAAAGAACAAGGACAGAAGAAAGGCCGACGUCCCUCACCCACCUGGCCGUCUAGGAGCAGCACGGAUUUCCCUCCUUACGGUCAGAGCUCUGGCCACCUGGGAGCCGGAAGAGUAUCUAUCGCUGUUUGACUGGGCAGCAGAUUUAGUGAAGGAGUUAGGUCCGGCACUGGUCGUGCUGGACCCUUUCCUGAUUCCUAUCCACGAUAUGUCCCGGCACUUCAAAUGGAAUUACGCAGUACUGAGCCCGUGUACUUUGGCCCAUGGUUUCAUGCUUGAACAGCCUUGGUUUUCUGCUUUCUGGAGAUAUCCUGCAUUUUCGACAGGGUUUCCAUAUCCUCUCCCAUGGAGUCGAAUAGCAGACAACCUGUACUGUAAUUGGCUAGUGAGAAAAGCUGCCUGGCACCCUAAAGUCACGGCGCUAAAUCUUGCACGAAAGGAUCGUGGUAUAUACGAGACUCUUGGGAGCUUCACGCCAUGGGUGAAGGACGUUCCCCAUAUCUGCCCCUCACUCCCUGCCAUUGACUUGCCCAUGAAAGUUCCUCCAAAUGUCCACAACUGUGGCCCAAUACUCCUCGCCUCCAAACCUGUUGCCUCUAGCGACUCAGACCUCCUAAAAUGGUUACAGCAGAGGAAGACCAUUCUCAUGGCGCUGGGGACACAUUUUGAGGCCUACACAGAAACAGUCCGGGAGCUAGCUCUCGGUUUGCGCGUCCUCCUCACCGCACGGCCGGAUAUACAGGUGUUAUGGAAGCUAAAAAUUGAGGCAUCAUCCGAAGCCCGCGGCAACUUUGUUUUGAAGGAAAUCCUGGGACCUCACUUGGAGAGCGGGAGAGUGAGGGUUGAGAGCUGGUUGAAGGCCGACCCAGUGGCAAUCUUGAGAAGUGGCCACAUCCUGUGCGCUGUGCAUCACGGAGGGGCAAACUCUUAUUUCGAGUCAGCUUGGGCUGGUAUUCCUCAGGUCGUGCUUGCGACGUGGUAUGACACGUUCGACUACGCGGCGCGCGUUGAGUAUCUCGGUAUUGGUGUGUACGGGAAUCGUGUAGCAAGUCAAAAUUGCUCUACGAAGAUGAAUAAUUACGUAGCGCCGCUUAUGAUCGAUGGAGGAGAGUUCGGUGAUGCCCUCCUCAAAGCUGUUGGCGAGAAGAAUGGUCAAAGUAAGAGUAUGAGAGGAAGAGCAGCGCAACUAGGAGAGGUAUGUCGAGACAGAAACGGUAGACUUGAAGCAGCGGAAAUUAUCACAGAGCUAUGUUAUGAGGAUUGA